ACGGCACAACAUCAACAAAAUAUCUGCUUUGUUGUUUGUCAGACUGUCGGAUUUGUUGAUUUUCUUUUUUCAUUUUCGCGUUCAUACAAAUACUGUAUAUGGUACCGAUGAUGACGAAAACAGAGUUACAGUCGAGUUUAUCGGGUGAUAAUGUAGUUAGCUAGAGGAAAGGUUUUGGUCUUACGCAGGUUUUAUUUUUUAUUUUAUUUUUUGCUGUGUCAUACUUUGUGGUUUCGGUCCAUCAGCAUGGCUCAGCAGAGAGGAGUCAACAGUCUGCACUUCAACCAAGACCAGAGUUGUUUCUGCUGUGCUAUGGAGACAGGAGUCCGCAUUUAUAACGUGGAACCGCUGAUGGAGAAAGGCCACCUGGAUCAUGAACAGGUGGGCAGCGUGGCGCUGUGCUCAAUGCUGAAUCGCUCCAACCUGCUGGCGAUAGUAGGAGGAGGAGUCAAUCCCAAAUUCUCUGAAAUAUCUGUUCUGAUCUGGGAUGAUGCUCGGGAGGGACGAGACUCCAAAGACAAACUGGUGCUGGAGUUCACCUUCACCAAACCUGUUCUUGCUGUUCGCAUGCGCCAUGACAAGAUUGUGAUCGUGUUAAAGAACAGGAUCUAUGUGUACAGUUUUCCUGAAAACCCAGUGAAGCUUUUUGAGUUUGACACCAGAGACAACCCCAAAGGUCUGUGUGAUUUGUGUCCCAGUCUGGAGAAACAGCUGCUGGUCUUUCCGGGUCAUAAAUGUGGAAGUUUGCAGCUGGUUGAUUUGUCUAACACCAAACCCGGUACAUCAUCCGCCCCGUUUACCAUCAACGCCCACCAGAGUGAGAUCGCCUGUGUGGCGCUGAACCAGCCCGGCAGCGUGGCGGCAUCGGCCUCUCGCAAAGGAACGCUCAUCCGCCUCUUCGACACCGUAACUAGAGACAAGCUGGUGGAACUACGCAGAGGGACGGACCCCGCCACCCUCUACUGCAUCAACUUCAGCCAUGACUCCUCCUUCCUGUGCGCCUCCAGUGACAAGGGCACGGUACACAUCUUUGCACUGAAAGACACCAAACUAAACAGACGCUCUGCGUUGGCGCGUGUGGGGAAGGUGGGUCCAGUCAUCGGUCAGUACGUGGACAGUCAGUGGUCUUUGGCCAGCUUCACCGUUCCAGCUGAGUGCGCCUGCAUUUGUGCAUUUGGAAAGAACACGUCUAAGAAUGUCAACUCCGUCAUCGCUAUAUGUGUGGACGGGACCUUCCACAAGUACGUGUUCACCCCUGAUGGUAACUGCAACCGAGAAGCGUUCGACGUGUACUUGGAUAUAUGUGAUGACGACGAUUUCUGAAAACACGGCGAGGAGCUGGAAAUGGGGUUGUACAUGUUAAAUCAGGAGCUGAUCUGGUAUCAGAAACACGAGGACGACAGUAACUGAAAGCAAAAGUGAUGAAGUCCAUGAUGAUUGUCAUGUUCUGGAGAAACGCCAGUGAAGUGGCCCAUCAGAACCUAAACGUGACACAAACAUCCAUAUUUAUCCUGAGGCCUGUUUUGUAAAAUAGUGUGUGUUUGCAAUCACUUGUAUCUACAUAUCAGUGCGAGUAUCACUUAGCCUGUAAUGAUAAACUGCUGCAUCUC